UUAUUCGCUGUUGACAUGGAGAGAGGGUGGGGACACUUGCUCGGACCUCUCUCUCGCCCAGUGCUUUCGCGAAGAGUUGCGCUCAAUACACCUAACUAUACUUCCUAACUGGUCGCUAAUUAGAGCUUGAAUCGCACGGAAAGGUCAAGUCUGGGGCUUGUCGCCGCGGCGACCUCGUCGCUUGGUCGACAAAAAUGCAGCCAGGAGACGAUGACGCUGCCCUUGAGAGCUACUUGGACGCUUUCAUGGGAGGCUCUGGCUUUGGCGGAGGAGGACCGGUGUUGACCUCGUCGUCGUUUGGGCAGCAGUCUGUCGCAGCGCCGAAUGGAGGCUUCGGCAUGAUGCAGCAUCAGCAUCAGCAGCAGCAGCAGCCACAGCUUGCUGGGCAGAUGAUGGGCGCGGCGUCAGGACCGGGCAUGCAACCAGUCAUGCAGCCCGGCAUGCUCGGCCGGCCAGCCUCGACCGGCGUGAUGAUGGGGCAAGUGUCCGGUCAGGGCGCCAUGGGUGGUUUUGGGAUGUCCGCCGGCGGCGACGUGGACACGAGCAAUAUGACGCUGCCGCAGCUCCAGCAGCUUCUGCGGCAGCGCCAGGCGCAACAGCAGCAGCAACAACAGCAAAUGGGCUUCGGGGCGGGGGCCAUGGGGGGUUACGGCGGCAUGGGCGGGGUGGGGGGCGUGCUGCGUCCCACCAGCCUGCAAGACCACCUCACGGGCGGGCUCGGGGCAGGCGGCAUGGCACCUGACCCCUCGCAGUGGCGCCCUGCCCUGGGCGUGGUGCCCUCCGCGACCGGCAUGCAGGGCUUUGCCACGCCAGGGUCUGGCCAAUUUGGAGAGGGCAUGGGCUGCUAUGGUGACAGCGGAGCUCAGAGCAUGUUCAACACGGGCCUCGCGGCGCAACAACAGGCAGCAGCCGCACAGCAGCAGCAGCAACAGCAACAACAACAGCAGCAGCUGCAACAACAACAGCAGCAACACGCGGCGGCGCUGCAAGCCCAGGCACAGGCGCAGGCACAAGCGCAGGCGCAAGCUCAGGCGCAAGCUCAGGCGCAGGCGCAGGCGCAAGCUCAGGCGCAGGCGCAGGCGGUCGCCCAGCAACAGCAGCAGCAACAGCAGCAGCAGGUGCAGAUCCAGGCGCAUGCCCAGCACGUGCCCAUACCCGUGGGCGGCAUCAUGCGGCCGGCCAGCGACUCGCUGCUGGUCAACCAGCGCGCCUCCAUGGGCCACAUGGGCCUGGGGCUGAGCGGCCUGGGGCAGAACCUCGCAAGCCAUCACCACCACCACCAGCAGCAGCAGCAACAGCAGCAGCAGGCAAUCUCGGGCAGCCACCAGCAGCAGCCGCAGCCGCAGGCGAGCGGCCCGUCCGUCACCAUCCGCCCCAACUCGCUGUCAGCGCAGACCGGCGCGGGGGGAGGCGGCGGCGGCGGCGGCGGCACGGCGGGCAGUGGCGGCAACGCCUCCGCAAUGACCGGCACUGCGGCGGGCCCUGGCGGCGGGGGGCACGGGUCCAAGAAGACCACGUGGGACGCGGCGGCGGUGGCGGAGGGCAGCGACGACAGCAGCGCCGGCGAGGACUCGACUCAGCGGCGGCGCGUCAAGGGGCGCUCGGCCGCCGCGCCCUCGCUGCAGCAGGAGAAGAACCGCAGCGCGCAGCGGCGUUUCCGGCAGCGGCAGAAGGAGAAGAUGGCGUACCUGGAGACCCGCACCGAGGCGCUGGCGGUGCAGGUUGAGAAGCUGGCGGGCGAGAACGAGUCGCUGCGCUCCAUGAACGGCAUGUUGGAGAAGGUGCUCAACCUGAGGGAGGAGCACAUCAGCAACCUGCAGGAGGCUGCCAAGGUGUUCAGCGGCCUGAACCUGGGCAGUGGCGAGGGCGGCGGCGGCGGCGGCGGCGGUGCCCCCGACCCCUCAGACCCAGCAUACAAGGCGGUGCAGGACGCGGUGACGGCGGCGGCGCACGCCACAGCCGCCAGCCCGGCCGGCGGCGGCGUGGGCGGCGUCAAUUCGUUCAGCGCCGGCGGCGGCCUGCUGUCGCUCAAAUCGGAGGAGGGGUCGGGCGGCGGCGGCGGCGGCGGCGGCGGCGGCGGCGGCGUGGGGGCGAUGAUGGACGCGAGCGGUGCAGGCGGCGGCGGCGGCGGCGGGAGCAGCGGCGGCAUGAUGCUGCCUGGCGGCGGCCACGCGCUGCCGGGUCCGGGCCUGGGCAUGGAGGCGGCGGGGCCGGGCACGCGCUUCACGGCGGAGGCCAUCCGGGCCAUGAGCGCCGAGGACGUGAUCGAGGCGUGGAAGGAGAACCUGAAGGAGCUGUCGCGCUACGUGGUCCUGGCGGAGAACAACCCGCCCGGCCAGGCGCUCCCCCCGGGUGUGCUGAGCCGCAUCACACAGCUCACAGCGGCCAUGAGCGAGCUGGUGCACAAGGUGGCCAUGAUCUCGCCGCUGGCCGCCAAACGCCUGCUGGCCACCAACAUGGAGCUGCACGCCAUGGUGCCUGUCCCUGAGCCCCACUGGGCGCGUGUGCUGCACCUGCUGGGGCUGGGCGAGCAGCAGCGGCGCGACCUGCUGGGAGCCCGCGAGCGCUUCCUAACAAAGUUCGAGGCGGUGGUGCAGGAGCGCGUGGGCCUGGUGAAUGGGCUGUCGCAACAAGCCAUCCCGCGCUCCAGGGUGUAUGCGGACAUCUGCGCCUCCUCGCUGGCGGCACACGAGGCGGCGGACCGCCUGAGGGCCAACCUGCAGCGCGAGCACAACAUCAACAUGGAGUUUGUGGUGUUUGUGUUCAAGGGGGUGCUGGACCUGCUGCAGGUGGCAACGGCCGCCGUACACUCCUAUCCGUACUACCCCGACGUCCUGGCCAUGGCCAAUGUACUGCACGCCCAGCAGGGCGGCGGUACGGCAGGCACUGCGGCGGGCGGUGCGGCGAGUACGGCAGGCGGCAGCCAGGUCAACACCGGUGUGAUGCAGUCGCCGCCACUGCUCGGCUCCACGCACUCCCCCUCCACCACGCCCCAGCAGCAGCAGCAGCAGGCGCUGGCGGCGCAGCUGGCGGCGCAGUCGCUGCAGACCAGCCUCAGCGGCGGCGGCAUGGGCAGCGGCGGCGCCGCGGGCGGAAGCGGGCUGCAGGGGGCGGCAGCAGGCAUGUACGGCGGUAUGCAGCACCAGCAGCAGCAGCUCACCAGCCAAGCAGGCGUGUCUGGUAGCAUGGGCAUGUCUGGUAUGGGCAUUGGGAUGUCUGGUAUGAUGGCCAUGGGCGGCAGCGGCCUCAUGCAGCAGCACCAGCAGCAGCAGCAGGGGCAUCCGAACCAGGGGCAGCAGGGGCAGGGGCAGCAGGGGCUGUCCGGCAUGAUGGACCAGGACACAGCCGGCACGUAGGCGGCGGGAGGGCGGCGGCUGUGCGGCUGUGCGGUGGGAGGCGGGAGGUGGGAGCGGCUCCGUGAGCGGCCUCGUGAGCGGCCCCGUGAGCGGCCUCGUGAGGGGCCUCGUGAGGGGCUCCUAUGACGAGGGCCGCGCCGGGGCUUGGGACCGCCAGGGGCCGCCGCGUCCACGUCCACGUCCACGCCACAGAGGCAGGGCCGCGCACAGCAGAGGGCGAGGCGGACAGCACAGACCAGACCAGGGCGGGUCAGGUGCUGGGGCAAAGCGCGCCGCAGCACACCGCUGUAUGCUGCUGCCGCUGUCGAGGAGCAGCACGAGAGGGCGUGGAGUAGCUGUGGUGCUGCGUGCGUCUCUGCAGUUGCGUGCUCCUGUCACCAAAAGGAAUAAAUGCGGUCUGAUAUGUACGAGCAUAGCGUGUGUGUACGCAUUGGGCCGUCGCGAGGAGGGAGCAUGCGUGCACUAAGGGAGCGGCAAACAGCAGAGGCCGGAUGCCCUGUCCAGAUUAUUGCCGAAAUGCCGCGACAUGCUGUGCUGUGCUGUGGCGCGCCAAAGCUUCUACAACUAGGCCGGUGCGUGUAUGCUUUGGGAUCUGUCUGGCUCUGUGAGCCACUCACGCUCUCUGUGUCUCGUGAUUUGCUGUGAAAUGGCAUUCGGGCCGCUCGGCGAGCUGGCCCCGGUGCAUUGCCGGGCCGCCAGCCUGCCGGGUGGCGGCGGCUGCCUGCCUGCCCUGCUGCUAGCGCUUUCAGUCCGGUAGUCUGUUGGCGGCUUUAUGACAAGGGUUUGUUGACUACCAACCAAUCCAUUUGAUUACGCCGGCGGCAGCUGCCAGCCACUUUUCGUGGUGGGGUCGCGCGGGCAGCAGGACAACGACCCAGGGAGGAGAGGAGGGUGUGUGUGUGGGGGGGGGACUGCAAGUCUGCAACACAGGCGGAUGUCACUGCUGCUUCUGUCGAGUAAGGCAUUCGAGUGAGGCCUUGAGUUACACGUUAGAAAGCGGUCGGCGCUGGAAUGAAAGGCAUUGCUGAGCAGCAUUAGACGUGGGAAUUCGGAUUGACCGUGUUGUCAUGUGUUUCAGUGUAUCGCCUAAAAGCAAUCAACGGGACUCAAGGCGCAGGGCAAGGGAAUAAAGGAGAGGGGCAAGGGAGUAAAGGGAGGG